UAUGGUUUCACCUUGGGUGCAUAGCGCUGUGGGACAGGCACACAUUUGGUUUUAGCUGGAAAUUUGACAUUCAAAUGAAAGAUAAAUGUCCCUGUAGAGCUGCAGCGCGUCAGACUGCUCUUCACACAGAGAGGAAACAUGAAACAAGACGUCAGGAUACUUUUAUUGGGGGAACCCAAGGUGGGAAAGACAUCACUCAUCAUGUCUUUGGUUGGAGAGGAAUUCCCAGAAGAGGUUCCCCCUAGAGCUGAGGAAAUCACCAUCCCUGCUGACGUGACUCCAGAGAAGGUGCCUACACACAUAGUGGACUACUCAGAAAAAGAACAAAGCGAUGACGUCCUUAGAGAUGAGAUCGUCAAGGCUAACGUGGUGUGUGUAGUGUAUGAUGUCACCAACGAGGACACAAUAGACAAGAUCAAAACGAAAUGGAUACCUUUAGUAAACGGAGACGCAGAAAAAGGGAACAAAAUACCCAUCAUCCUCGUAGGAAACAAGUCUGAUCUGCGCUGUGGGAGCUCAAUGGAAACCAUUCUUCCCAUCAUGAACCAGUUCUCUGAGAUUGAGACAUGUGUUGAGUGUUCUGCAAAGAACCUGAAAAACAUUUCAGAGCUGUUCUACUAUGCACAGAAGGCAGUUCUUCACCCCACUGCACCUCUCUAUGACCCUGAAGACAAACAGCUAAAACCUUUGUGUGUUCGAGCCCUUAGCAGAAUAUUCUACAUUUCUGACCAGGACAAUGAUCGUAUCCUCAGUGAUGCUGAACUCAACAGAUUUCAGAAAUCUUGUUUUGGGAAUCCUCUGGCACCUCAAGCCUUAGAAGAUGUGAAGACAGUAGUUUGGAAAAACACCAGCGAUGGGGUGCAGGACAACGGCCUGACCCUAAAUGGUUUCUUGUUCCUUAAUACAUUAUUUAUACAGAGGGGCCGACAUGAAACCACGUGGACGAUUCUCAGAAAGUUUGGUUAUGACGACAACCUUGAGAUGACUGAUGAUUACCUUUAUCCUGAGCUCCGGGUACCUGUCAGCUGCACCACCGAGCUCAAUAAUUUAGGCUACCAGUUCCUCCAGCAGCUGUUUGACAAGUACGAUGAAGACAAAGACUCUGCCCUGUCACCGACAGAGCUUAGGAACCUGUUCUGUGUAUGUCCUUACAUGCCCUGGGGUGCAGAGGUCUACAUGACUGUGUCAACCACAGACGAGGGCUACAUCUCUAAUCAGGGCUUCCUUUGUCAGUGGACGCUUUCUGCAUACCUUGACAUCCACCGUUGCCUGGAGCACCUAGGAUACCUAGGCUACCCUAUCCUCACUGAGCAGGAGUCACAGACUUCGGCAGUCACAGUGACACGGGAGAAAGAGGUGGACCUGGAGAAGCGCCAGACACAGCGGUCAGUGUUUCUCUGCAAGGUGAUCGGGCCGCGGGGGACGGGCAAGACGGCCUUUCUCCAGGCCUUUGUGGGCCGCAACGUUGUGAACAAAGGAAAUUCAAGCAGUGCCUUCUCCCCCUAUGCCAUAAACACUGUUCAAGUCAGUAACCAGGAAAAGUACCUUAUUCUCAAUGAGGUGGAUGUGGAGGCAGAGUUCCUGAAGGCAUCAGACGCCUCCUGUGACGUUGCUUGUCUCAUGUAUGACACCAGUGACCCACAUUCCUUCGAUUAUUGUGCCAGCAUAUAUAAGCAACAUUACAUGGAGAGCAGCAUCCCAUGUGUGCUGGUCGCCUCCAAAGUGGACCUACCUGAAGUCAAGCAGCUCCACGGGAUGACCCCAGCAGAGUUCUGCUAUAAACACCGACUGCCUCCACCGCUGCCCUUCUCCAGCCUGUUCCUCGACUCCACCAGCAAGAACAUCUACACCAGGAUUGCCUGGGCGGCAGUGUACCCACACUUGAAUGGUUCAGACAUGAGCAACACAUCCUUCUGGCUGAGAGUGGCGUUGGGCUCGGCUGUGGUUGCAGUUCUGGGCUUUGCCAUCUACAGAGCUGUUGCUAGACUGAAAUGACCAACAGCCACCUGAGCUUUUUUUUUUUUUUUUUUUUUUUUUUUCUUUGUGACAUGACGCUCCCUCCAUCCAUCAAGACCAAACUUCCAAGACCAGAGCCACCGCAGUCUGAAUUAGAUGAAGUCUGCAUCGUUUUACUUUUCACCGUGAAGGCUUCCAGGAAGCACUUCAUAUCUCUGCCCCUCUUAGUGUCUGACCUCUUCACUUUGUCCUACACUCUGAGUUAACAGAUCACAAAAAUCUAAAGGCAGUUGGAAGGUAUCGAUCACAUUAUUCUCUUUGCCCAGCUUUUUCUGCCUUACAGUGUCUAACCAGGCUAAGUAGGAGUUCGCCUGUCUGUGCUCGGUACAUGGAUACACAAAGAUCUGCUGCUGUUAAAUGUCCAAAAAGGUGCUUUAUCAGAACAGAGGAAAUACACAAAGACAGUAGUGUGAAGUCCAGUGCUUUCCCCUCAGUUAUCUGUAACAGUUGAUGGAGAGAUUGGGCAGUGUUUAUGUCCAUGCAGUGUUUCCUGAGCAUAAUAGAGAAAUGCCAAAUUGACAUGAUCGAAGAACCAAAGGGCGGCAUGUGAUUCAUUUUAACGGAGAGGAUCAUCCUGAUUGGCUGCCGCUGAAAGUCCUCAAUGAACAACACUUUCCUUUUUGACCAAGCUACCACAGAUACAAGAUGUUCACGUCUGAUUUGCCAAAUAACUCCAGCAGUAAUGAGUAGACAUAGCAUGUUAUUUGCCUCUUAGGCCUACCAUUUUGCCUGAGAAUGAAACUUUUUAAUUAGCUUGAAUCUUAUUGUUAAAAUGUUUUUAGCAGUAAGGCCUCCACUGGUUUGCUGUGGAGGGAUUUCUCUGUGUGCAUGAAGAAAAAUGGCAGUUUGUAAAUGCAUCUGCAAGAAAGCAAGAAAUAUUUUCUCCUAUUAAAGGAGGCAAAGCAGAUCCAAAAAAAAAAGACAAUGUUAAAGAAAAAUCACAUCUCUGCUUUCACUCCCUCUGUUCACAUUUGAGAUCUAGUUCAUUUUAACUGAGACCGAAAUAGAUUUGUAAUCUGUUCUUUUUCUAUUCACAUACACCUGACACUGUGCAUACAUUUUGACCAUGUUACACAAUCUGCCAUUGUAUUGUUCUCCAACAUGAGUCAGUCAUGUUAAUGUCUGUUUUGUUGAUAAAUUUAGCUGGUGACCUGUUGUUUCGGCAGGACACAGUUCUUUUAAAAUACGGCUGUUUUCUUACUGCAAGUGAACUGAUUUAGAUGCUUAAUAAAAAGACCAGACCAGA